ACAUUGACAGUACAAAUACAAAACAAAAGUCAAAAUAUAACCUAAAUAAUAUUUAACAGAAUUCCAUGUGUAUUGUGUUUCGGAACAAGUUUCGCCUAAAAUAAAUUAAAUUGUAACCACAAUAAACCUAAAUAAAUAAGAACAUAAAUAACAGAUAAAUCUAUCUUAUGCUGUGAACUGUGGUACUCUUGCGUCUGAUCAUGGGUAAAAAAAGGAAACUUGCCGCUAAUAACGAUGAUUUCGAAUUUGAUCCUAUUCCACGGCACCUUGUUACAUCGCAUAUAAAGAAACAAGAUAAACGUCUCAUUGUUAUUCUAGAAAACGCUCAGCUAGAAACAGUGAAGAGUGGGAACAGUUUUGAACUUUUAAAUUGUGAUGACCAUGCACAUAUCCUGAGAAAGAAUGAUAGGGAUCCAGGGUCAUGUCGACCAGAUAUCACCCACCAGUCCCUUUUAAUGCUAAUGGAUUCACCUCUUAACCGAGCAGGACUACUGCAAGUAUAUAUACACACAGAAAAAAAUGUCCUUAUAGAAAUUAAUCCACAAACAAGAAUACCUAGGACUUUUAAAAGAUUUGCUGGCUUAAUGGUUCAACUCUUACACAAAUUUGCCAUAAGAGCAUCUGAUGGACCAAUGAAGUUGCUUAAAGUUAUCAAAAAUCCAUUGACCUCACACUUACCAGUUGGGGUGAAAAAAAUUACCAUGUCAUUUAGUUCAAAGAUGGUACAGAACUGCCGAGAGUUGGUGCCAAAGGAUGAACCAAUAGUUAUUAUUAUAGGGGCUAUGGCUCAUGGCAAGGUGGAAGUGGAUUACUCAGAAGAUGUAAUAUCAAUAAGUAACUACCCACUGUCAGCAGCUUUAACUUGUGCAAAAUUAUGUUCAGCUUUUGAGGAAGUAUGGGAUGUUGUGUGAGGACUCUAGUAUUUGUAACAUAUAGUUACUCAAUAAAUUUAAGAUGUACUUUUGAA